AUGAGGAAUGACCAAAAAAAAAAGAAUUUCAGAAUAUACGCCAGAAAUCCACUAUUUAUACUACGUUCUCAGCCUGAUCUGGAAGAAAGUAUGCAUCUUCCAACUUCACCUACAAAGGCUCACACUCCAGAAAAAGAACGUUUAAAGACCGAGCAACCUUAGAUUGCUCCUUAUAGAUCCUACAAAUACAUUCCCACUUCAAAUUGCUUUCUAUAAAAUAUGAAGUAACAGGUUAUGCGUUCUAACAAAACCAUCAAUCGAUUACUCACUGAUAGAAAGGUAGUGUAAUCAUUUCAGUUUUCCACUUCUGACAAACUACCAGUCACGAAAUCUCCUUAAAAAAAUAAAAAAAGCUUUAUUAAAUAACUGAAGCCUCUUCCUAAAUAGAAAUUACUUUAAACUAAAUUUGACUGCAUGAUCAGAUAAUUUUUUAACUCAUCAAAAGCCAAAUAAUUCUGA